GCCGGGACUACUAGAGGCGCUGACAGGAACGGCCCGCCCAGAGCACGGGAGCGAAUGGUCGCCUCCGGCUUCCGGUUUCCGCCUCCAGCCCGCUUCCGGAAGUUCCUCUCAAAAUGCUGAAGUGCUGUGUGGAAGUGGCCGGGGCUGCGGGAGUUGGAGUCGGUCCUCGGGCCUGAGCCUCGAGGCCGCGCUCCCGGGUGUCGUUGAUGUUCGGGGCCGCCGGGCGCCCAGCGAUCGGAGCCGCCGCCGCCGCCGGGAAGAGCUGGCAUUUCAGCCGAACAAUGGAAGAACUUGUUCACGAUCUUGUCUCUGCACUGGAAGAGAGCUCUGAGCAAGCCCGAGGUGGGUUUGCUGAAACAGGAGAUCAUUCUCGAAAUCUGUCUUGCCCUCUGAAACGCCAGGCCAGGAAAAGGAGAGGGAGGAAGCGUAGGUCCUAUAAUGUUCACCACCCUUGGGAGACAGGUCACUGCUUAAGUGAAGGCUCUGAUUCUAGUUUAGAAGAACCAAGUAAGGACUAUAGAGAGAACCACAACAGUAAGAAAGAUCACAGUGACUCUGAUGAUCAAAUGUUAGUGGCAAAGCGCAGGCCAUCUUCCAACUUAAAUAACGGUGUUCGAGGUAAAAGACUUCUGUGGCAUGAGUCUGAUUUUGCUGUGGACAACCUUGGGAAUAGAACUCUCCGCCGUAGGAGGAAAGUGAAGCGCAUGGCAGUGGAUCUCCCACAGGACAUCUCCAGCAAAAGGACAAUGACCCAGGUGCCUGAAGGCUGUAGAGAUCAGGACAUGGACAACGAUAGAUCUUACCAAUAUCCAGAGUUUAACCGGAAUAAAGUUAAAAAAAGGAAGUUGAAAGUGAUUAGACAAGGACCAAAAACCCAAGAGGAAGGAGGAGGUUUGGAAAGUGAAGAAAUAAGCCAGACCAAUAAAGACAAAAUGGAGUACGAAGAACAAAAAGUCUCAGAUGAGCUCAUGAGCGAAAGUGACUCCAGCAGCCUCAGCAGCACCGACGCCGGGUUGUUCACCAAUGACGAGGGAAGACAAGGUGAUGAUGAACAGAGUGACUGGUUCUAUGAGAAGGAGUCUGGUGGAGCCUGUGGUAUUGCUGGAGUUGUGCCCUGGUGGGAGAAGGAAGACCCUGCAGAACUAGACAGAAACGUGUCCGACCCCGUGUUUGAAAGUAUCCUAAGUGGUUCUUUUCCCCUCAUGUCACAUCCUGGCAGACGAGGUUUCCAAGCUAGACUCAGUUGCCUCCAUGGGAUGCCUUCAAAGAAUAUUAAAAAAUCUGGAGGGGCUCCACCUUCAAUGACGUCUGCUCCUGGCCCCGUCAGUAACAAGAGGAUGGUUCACUUUUCUCCAGAUGCCCAUCACCAUGACCACUGGUUUAGCCCUGGGGCUAGGACGGAGCAUGGCCAGCAUCAGCUUCUGAGGGAUAACCGAGCAGAAAGGGGACACAAGAAGAACUGCUCCGUGAAAACAGCCAGCAGGCAAACAAGCAUGCAUUUAGGAUCCUUGUGCACAGGAGACAUCAAAAGGAGAAGAAAAGCUGCCCCUUUGCCUGGACCCACUACAGCAGGAUCCCUUCCUAACAGCUUUGAAGGACAGUCUUAAAUGUGGCUGUCACUCUCUGGCUCCUAGAUGUUCCACCUCCUCACUGACAUGUGUGGAGCCCCACCUCUGGCCUCCAGUCUGAUCCUCGUCCCUUCCUAAAUCACCGUGAGGAAAGGAUGUAUGAGAGCUGCUUUCCUGUUACUGUCAUAAAAUACCAGGACCAAAAGCAACUUAGAGGAGAACGGGGUUUACUUUAGCACACGGUUCCGGAGAGACCGAGUCUCUCACGUUGGAAAGCCAUGGUGGCAGUCAGGGAAAGCAUGGCUGCAGGGCCAGGAAGCUGGCUGGUCACAUUUUCAUCCGUGCACACACGGAAGCAGAGAGAACAGGAAGUAGAGCAAAGCUAUGAAACCUCAAAGCCAGCCUACAGAGACAUACUUCCCCCUGCAAGACUACACCUCCUAAAGGCUCUACCCCACAAACAGUGCCAUCUCCUGGGGACCAAGUGUUCACAUACAUAAGCCUCUGGGGUCAUUUCUCACUCAAAGUCCAAAGGAUGCUUCAGCCCUUGCACGUAUUCUGUGUGUCUAAAGGCUCCCUCAGCACCCUACAGACCCAAUAUUCAUCUGUGUUCCAGUUUACCCUCAGGAAGUCAGAACUUAGGAGACGUUCUGUGCAGGUUCCGAAAAUGGAUUUGACUCCUGACCUCAUUUGGGCAGAGAACUGUUUUCAUCACUAAGUCCAUGGCUAGGCAGGAGAGUUGUGGACAGUGUCUCACCCAGGAUGAGGUAGCCAGAUAAAAACUAAACGAGGAGGCUCGAGCUUAAACUAAAUGAAUUAGCAUGCCCGAGAACUCCUAAUAUGUAUAGGGAAGAGAGAAAACCAUAGCAAGGGAACCAGUCAGGGAAACAUCAAGACAAUUAUAAGAGCUCAGCAAAUCCCUCAAGGUAAAUAGUUUUAGUUCCUCAAUGAAGAAACACAGACUAGUGUGUUGGAUUUAAAACAAGAUUCAAUUCUCUGUUGUUUGGGAGAAAAAUAUCUCAUUGAUGAAACCAUACACAGAGGCUGAAGCAAAAAAAAAAAAAGUAGUCAAUUUACCAAGUAAACAGAGGCUCCAAACAAGCAAAGAGCUAUAUUUAUAAUUGGUAAAGUAGACUUUAAGCCAAAGUUAGCUGGAAAGAGAAAAAAGUCACUUCCCUACUACUAAAGGGAACAGUCUGUGAAGGUGAUAGAAUGAUUCUAAGUGUAUGUGCACUGGAAAUUAGUGCACGUAUCAUUUUAAAAAGGCUACUGGACACAAACAGACAGAUGAGACCACUUAUAACAAUAAAGGUGACAUCAGUACCCCACUAUCCUUAGUAGACGUCAUCCAGAGGGAAAAAAAUUCAACAAAGAAAUUUCAGAGUUCAAGUUUACCAUAGGCCAAAUGCACUUAACAUAUAUCUACAGAAUACUCCAUCCAACAGCUACAGAACACAUUCUUCUUGGCACCCAUGGAACUGUCUUUAAAAUAGGCCACAUUUUAUGCCAUGAAAUAAUAACAAAUAUAAAAGAAUCAAAAUAAUUUGUUGCAUCAUAUGAGAUCAUAGUGGAAUAAGAUUACAAAUCAGCUGCAUGAGUAGAAAGUCCAUAAGUAUGUAGAGCUUGAACAACAUACUCAGACUGAUCAGUGAGUCAUUCAAGGGAUCAGAAAAGGAAUUUAAAAAUUCCUAGAAUCAAAUGAAAGUGAAAGUACUAGCACUAAUCAGAACUUUGGGAGAUAAAUCAAAGGCAGCUCAAGAAGGAACGUUUAUAUCUAUGUGUGCUUACAUUUACAAAGUCAGAUGUCUUUUUUUAUAAAUAAUUUAAUGGUGAUUCUUACAAUCUUAGGAAAUCAGAACAAGCCAAACCAAAAACAGUAGAAGGAAAAAAUUAAGAAAGAACAGGCAGAAAUGAAUGACACUAAACGUAGUGUAUGAAGACCCUGAGUUAGAGUUGGCUUUUGAAUGAUAAGCAAGGUCAACCAACCUUUAUACAAACUAAACAAAAAUAAAAAUUAACAGAGAAAAAUUAAGAAAAGCCAAAUCAACAGAGUUAGAGAUGAAAAAGGAAUCAGUACAAUAGAUACCAAGAGAACUCAGAGACUCAAUAGGGAACAGUUUGAAAACCUGAUUUCCAAAAAAACUGCAAAAUCUAGACGUGGAGAAAUUUCUAGAUAAUAUGACUUACCAAAAUAGAGGAUAUAGAUGACCCACACAGACCUACAACAGAGAAGACCGAAGCAGUAAUAGUCACACAACAAAGAAAAGUCAAGAAAUGAUUUGUUCACGUUGCAUUCUACUCAAACUUUUAAGAGGAGCUAGCCCAGUGUCCCCCAACUGUUCCACAGAAAGGGAACCAACAGUAUUAAACUUGGUCCAUGAGAGGAGUGUUAUCCUAAUACCUAAACCAAAAAGGCAUAUACACAAGGAACAGAAAGGAAAGAAAGAAAGGAAGAAAGGAAGAAAAUAAGGAAGGAAGGAAGGAAACUAUAGACUAAUAUUCCUGGUGAUCAUCAUGAAACUAUUCUCAAGAAAAUAAGAAAACCAAAUUCAGAAGCACACUAGAAUGAUAUGUCAUGAUCAAAUAGGCUUCAUUCCAGGAAUGCAAGGAUGCCUGAAGAUAUGUAAAUCAAUGAAUGUAACAUAGCACAUAAAUAGAGUCAAGGAUAGAAAUCACAUGAUCAUCUCAAUAGAUGCAGAAAAGGCCUUUGUCACUUGAUCUUAGCCAAAAGGCCGAGAAGCGAUAGAAAAGGCCUUUGACAAAGUUCAACAUUCCUUCAUGAUGAGAGCUAGGGAAAGCAGGAAUAGAAGGAACUCAAUACAGGAAGGGCAGAUCUAACCAACACUACAUUAAACAGAGAAAAGCUGAAAGAAUUUCUUCAGAAAUAGGUAUAAGAUAAGGAUAUCCACUCAUUGAAUAUAGAGCUGGAAGUCUUGGCUAGAUGAAUUAGGCAAGAGAAGAAAUAAAUCCAGGUCAAUCAUGGAAGAGAUACAAACAGGAGAGGGAGAAAUCAAAUUACCCCUUCUUACAGAUGGUGAUCCUGUACUUAAAAGAUCAUAUGUACAAGAUGAGCAGUGGUGGCACACACCUUUAAUCCUAGCACUUGGGAGGCAGAGGCAGGCAGAUCUCUGUGAGUUUGAGGCCAGUCUGGUCUACAAAGAGAGUUCCAGGACUGCCAGAACUGUUACACAGAGAAACCCUGUCUCAAAAAACCAAAACCAAACCAACAAAACAACUAACCAAACAACCAUAGGUAGUAAAAUAGCAGAAUAUAAAGUAAAACAUAAAGUAGCUUUUGAUAUACUAAUAAUCAACUGGAUAAGAAAGAAAUGAAGGCAAAGCCUCACUAAUAAUAGCUUCCAAACCAGCUAAAACCCCACAGGAAUAAACCUCAGCAAGGAGGUAAAAAUUCUCUAUAGUGGAAACUUGGAAAUCCUCAAGAAAGAGAUUGAAGAAGACACUGGGUGAUAGACUCAGCUGCUUGUUUAGGAGAACUAACAGUGUGGCAAUGACCACAUCCCUGAAAACAGUUCAGAUUCAACACAGUCCACUCAAAAUUCCAAUAUUACUCUUCAUGGAACUGGAAAAAAUAAUCCUCAAAAUAAUAUGGAGGCCUUAGAGACCUCAAGUAGGCACAACUGUAGUUGAUCUAAAGGAUACAAUAUCAGAGAUUUGACAGUCUCUGACCUCAAAUUAUGUCACAGAGUCGCAGCAACAAAAGCAGCAAGGAACAAGCAUAAAACCAGACACCGGCACCAAUCAAGUGGGAUAAAGAGUCUGAAGUAAACACACAAAGCCACAGCUUCUUAAUCUUUGACACAAUUAUCAAAAACAUACACUAGAGAAAUAGCCUCUCACCAAAGGUGCUGGGAAAAAUCUAUUUCCACAUGCAGGAGAAUGACACUUAGGUGUCAGCCUUCAUAAAAAUGGAUCUUCCUCUAAGAGGUGAUACUCUGAAACCACCAGGGGAAAACACCACAGUGUCCAGGAACUGGAGAAGUCUCUCUGGAAAAGCUCACCACAGCGAUGUGAAUACUUGCAAAGGUGACAAGUGGCAGGCAUCACGUGAAACCAGAAGGUUCUGUGCAGAGGGCAACCAUCGGCUAAGUGAAGAAACAGCCUGCACACAGGGAAACCUUCCCCAAGCACACAUUUUACAUGGGGUUGAUAUCUAAAAUUUAAAAAGAACUCAAAAAGUUAAAGCGGUACAGUCAAUGGACUGUACAGACAGUUAUCAAAAGGCAAAACACAAAUGGACAAUACAUAUUUUUCAAAGGGUUCCAGGUCCUUAGUCACCAGGGAAAAGCAAAUUAAAAGUGCUUUGAGACUUCAUCUCACCCAUCAGAAUGACUGGCAUCAGGAAAAUAAAGUGCUCAUGAGGAAGUGGGGAAGAUGAACCCUACUGCACUUUCACUGGGCAUUCAGACUGGCAAACAGUAUGGAGAUUCCAUGAUACGACUCAGGUCUAUUACUCCAGGUAAACGACCAGCGACCGGGCCAGCUCUCCUCAGAGCUAUUGCACCCCUUGUUACUGUGCACUACUCACAAUAGCCAAGAUAACGGAAGCAGCCUAGAUGUCCAUCAGCAGAUGAAUGGACAAAGAAGAUGUGAUCCAUGUACACAACAGGUCUUAAGCCUUCAGGAAGAAUGUAAUGACGUCUUCUGCAGGUAAAUGGGUGGAAAAGGAGAGCUAAUUGGUCUCUCUUGUGUUAGCCCGGCUAAGAAAGGCAAGUAUCUCGUGUUUUGUCACAUAGAGGCUAUAUUUUAUAAAUGUGAUAUGAUGGGCUGGAGAGGUGGCUCAGUGGGUAAAUGCAUGCCACACAAGCCUGAUGAUCCGAGUUCAAUCCUCAGAACCCAUGUAAUGGUAGAAAACAAAAACUAACUCCACAAAGUUGCCUUCUGACCUUUGAAAGCAUGCUGGGACAUUGCUGGUGUGCCUGUCUUUACACAUCACAAACACAAUUAAUAUUUUUUUCAUUAAAAAGAUAAAAAUAUUAUAUGAAAAUGAAAAGAAGAAAGAAAGGUCCUCAAAGGGAGGGUUGGGGAACAAGAAAGGAUAAUGAGGCAGAAAAGAAUGACAAAUAUUGUCUUGUUUCAUGUGUGUAAUCUAGAUCUAAACACAUACACACAUAUAUACACACAUACAAGACAUGAAAAUAGAAAGGGGACAAGUUGGUGGAGAAAGGGGACCAGCUUGGGGGCAGAGGCAAGGAAGGAUAGAAUAUGGUAGUGGGAGGGAAUAUUAGUCGAAUACAAUGCAAUAUAAAUAUGAAAAUAUGAAUAAAACUCAUUAUUUUAUAUGUUCAUAAAAAACAAUUAAAAUAAUGUAAAAUGCCUUGGUCAUUAAGGAACACAAAGCAUGGGUGAGUUUCCCAAAGUUUCACAGCUUCUAAAUGCUGAAUUUAAGUUCAGACCCUUUGGAUGCCAUUACUUCAUGCUGGCUUUCCACCCAAAGUCCCUACCUAUAAAAGGUGUUAGCACCAUCCAUUUAAGAGCAGGCCAUCGGAAGACGCUUUAGACACCCUGUCCCUGUCAAAGAGCAGUCCUGUCCUGUCACUGGUGAGAUUUUCCAGAUGUGACUGCCACAGCUUCAAAUUCUUGACCUGUGUCAUGGCCACUGUCUUGACCUCUCAGCUUUUGGGCCCUCUGAUGAACUUGGCACUAUCUUAACGAAGGCGAUUUCCAGUUUCUUCAUGAGUAUUUGAGGAAUGCACAAGUCCAUUUCUACCACUGUCCUUCCUUCUUUAUAAAUUCUGUGAAACCUGCAUGACUAAAAGCAUCUUGUCCCUUCUGCUGUGAGUUUGGUUAUUAGAUCUUAUUAUUA